UCGGCCCUUCCUUGCUGCAUGCAUACAAGUACGGAGAUGGCGAGGUCUUGGUCGCUUCUUCUGCCGUUUGCUCUAGCAUUGGUUGCUUCUGCUUCUCACGCUGCCAUUGUGGAGCACACCUUCAAUGUCGGGAACCUCUCCAUUAGCCAGCUCUGCCAGCCGGACAGGAUCAUCACGGGGGUGAAUGGCCAGCUACCGGGCCCGACGAUUCGAGCCAGCGAGGGUGACACGGUGGUUGUACACCUCGUCAACGAAUCGCCAUACGGCAUGACCAUCCACUGGCAUGGCAUAUUCCAGCGUGGGAGCCAGUGGGCAGAUGGACCGGCAAUGGUCACACAGUGCCCCGUCCAGCCAGGUGGCAACUACACCUACCGCUUCAACGUCACUGGGCAGGAGGGCACGUUGUGGUGGCACGCCCACUUCUCCUUCCUUCGUGCCACCGUCUAUGGUGCCCUCAUCAUCCUGCCCCGCGGCGGCGCCGAGGCCUACCCCUUCACUAAGCCCGACAAGGAAGAGAUCGUCAUGUUCGGGGAGUGGUGGAACGCCAAUGUAUUUGACUUGCAGCAGAUGGCGCUCCUCACCGGAAUCCCUGCGGGGCCAGCCGAUGCCUACACCAUCAACGGCAAGCCGGGAGACCUAUACAACUGCUCCGCCCCAAAUCAGACACACAUGUUUGAAGCGAGGAAGAAUGAGACGUACCUGCUCCGGAUCAUCAACGCUGCGCUCAACACGCCUCUGUUCUUCAAGGUCGCGAACCACACCUUCACCGUCGUGGCGGCGGAUGCGUGCUACACCACGCCGUACAAGACAGGCGUGGUGGUGGUCGGGCCCGGGCAGACCGUUGACGCACUCAUGGUCGCGGACGCCACCGCCGGGCGCUACUACAUGGCGGCGUCCCCCUACGAUAGUGGGAUACCAUCGGGGCCGCCGUUCAGCAAGACUGUCGCGACGGCGGUGCUGGAGUACGCCGGUGGAGCGAACACGACCUCACCGCCUGCGCUGCCACAACUGCCAGGGUUCAAUGACACGAACACUGCGCACAGGUUCCUCUCCAACCUGACCGCGCUGGUGCUCCCCGGCAAGCCGACCGUGCCGCUCGCGGUGGACACCCGCAUGUUUGUCACCGUCGGGAUGGGCGUCGCGGACUGCCAGCCGGAGCAGACGUUGUGCAACCGGAGCCGCACCAUGUUCGCGUCGAGCAUGAACAAUGCUUCCUUCGUGCCGCCAAGGAGCACCUCCAUGCUCGAGGCCCACUACAGCAACUUGACGGCGGGCGUGUACACCCGCGACUUCCCCGACCAGCCGCCGAUCCUCUUCGACUACACCGCCGACGCGAGCAACAACGCCACGAUGCAGUACACGACCAAGUCCACCAAGGUGAGGACGCUCCGGUACAAUGAGACGGUGGAGAUGGUGCUCCAGAACACGCGGCUCAUCGCCAAGGAGAGCCACCCCAUGCACCUCCACGGCUUCAACUUCUUCGUCCUCGCGCAGGGCUUUGGGAACUACAAUCAAACAACUGCGGCGCCGCAGUUCAACCUCGUCAAUCCCCAAGAGCGCAACACCGUCCUCGUCCCCACUGGUGGCUGGGCCGUCAUCCGCUUCGUGGCCGACAAUCCCGGGAUGUGGUACAUGCACUGUCACUUCGAGGCUCAUCUUGAUCUCGGGUUGGGAAUGGUGUUUGAGGUUCAGGACGGGCCCACACUGGAUACUUCUCUGCCGCCGCCACCUAAAGACCUGCCGCAAUGUUGAUCGAUAAACUAGCUAGGGUCAUUUGCUUUAAUUUGUACAUGAAUAAAGAGGAGCUGAAGAGGCUACCAUAUAUAUAUUUGGUUGGUAUUUUAAUAGCUCUGCAUUACUUGUUAGUUUUUGUAAGUUCGGUUGUAAUAUGGUUGUGAUGUGUGUUUGUCUGUUAUCUUACGUGAAUUUGUUUAAAAUGGCACUUCA